AUCAGUGUGCCCUGAUGAUCAGUGUAGCCCCAGCAGUGCCACCUGUCAGUGUCCAUCAGUGCCAGCUCUCAGUGCUCAUCCAUGCCACCUGCCAGUGCCCAUCAGUGCCACAUCAGUGCCACAUAUCAGUGCCUACCAGUGCACAUCAAUGCCACAUAUCAGUGCUCCCAUCAGUGCCAGUCAGUGCCACCUAUCAAUGCCAAUCAGUGCCACCUAUCAGUGCCGCCUAUCAGUGCCAGGCAGUGCCACCUAUCAGUGUGCAUCAGUGCCGCCUAUUAGUGCUGCCUAUUACUGCUGCCUAA